GUAAACAAGAAAUAAAAUUGAUUGGAUUACAAUAAAGUUCUACUUUUUAAAGAAACUCUAUGACGAUUAUUAAGAAAGUUGCACUAGGAUUGAGUGGAGGAGUUGACAGUGCUGUGUCAGCAUAUCUGCUUAAACAAAAAGGAUUUCAUGUGACAGGAAUUUUCAUGAAAAAUUGGGAUGAAACAGAUGAAAAAGGGUUCUGUUCAAGUGAUCAAGAAUAUGAAGAUGCUCUUCACAUUAGCACAAAAUUAGGAAUUCCAUUAAAACAAAUUAAUUACGUUAAAGAAUAUUGGAAUGAAGUCUUUUGUAAUUUCAUAAAAGACUACGAAGAAGGUCUUACACCAAAUCCCGACAUCUUAUGCAAUAAGCAAAUAAAAUUCAAUUUAUUCUUUAAGUAUGCAAUUCAUUCCUUAAAAUUUGAUGCAAUUGCGACUGGUCAUUAUGCUCAAUCAUCGUUUGGAUCAUUCCUAGAAUAUUUCAAAGAUAACACUGAUGCUAGGCUACUCCAAGCUAGUGACAGUUUCAAGGAUCAAACAUUUUUCUUAUCACAAAUUCCUCAAAAUGCGCUUAGACGUUGCAUGUUUCCAAUUGGAAGUUUAAAUAAACAUCAAGUGAAGGAAAUCGCUGAAAAAAUUGGACUUCAAAAGAUAGCUCAGAAGAAAGAGUCGAUUGGUAUUUGUUUCAUUGGUGACAGAACAUUUCAAUCGUUUAUUAGCGAAUAUAUUGAUGCCAAACCUGGCAACUUUGUUGACAUUGAAACAGGAAAAAUUGUUGGAAGUCAUCAAGGAAUACACAAUUGGACAGUAGGUCAACGUUGCAAUAUUGGUGGCGUCAUAAAGCCUUUCUUCGUUUAUCGAAAAGAACCAACAACGUCAACAAUUUAUGUUGCAAGUGGCACAGAUAAUCCUUUCCUUUGGACUGAUAUUUUCUACACAAAAGAUUCAUUUUGGAUUCGAAAUUCUCCUUUAACAUCAAAAAAUCUUCUAAAAUGUCAAUUUCGAUUUCAACAUACAAAACCAUUGACUGCUUGUACAGUCUACAAAGCAAAUGUGACUGGAGAUAAAUUGCUGAUUAAACUCGAAGAACCAUUGCGAAGCAUCACACCAGGACAAUAUGCUGUGUUCUAUCUUAAUAAUGAAUGUCUUGGCAGUUCAAGAAUUUUCAAUUCAGGACCAUCAGUCAACAUCCGGUGAUAACAAAAUAAAUGAAAUUUUGUAGAACGCAUUAGAUGUGGGCGGAGCUCACUACGCAAACAUAAAUUAUCCUUCGAGAUAGCGAAGCAAUUUUUCCAUUUGAAGAAAUAAAAAC